CAAAUAAAUAUUUACACUCGUCAUUUCCCCUAUUUAAGCAAAGUAAGUGAGCCUACCGCCUUUCCAUAUCUCCGUACACUUCCCUCUGCUCUUUCUCUCUAUAUCUCACCCGCUCUGUCUGCAAAUCCGCAUGGAAGCCCUAAUUCCUCAAAUAACAAGAAGGAAAAAACGCAAAAUCCCUUUCUCCCACCCUUCCCUAGCAGCAGGCAGCAGCAGCAGAAACAAUGGCGGCAUCAAUUCUGGAAGCAGUGAAGCAGAUGCCAUCAACAUCGACUCUGCUCACAGCCUACGCUUCCUUCUCCACAACCUCAAUGCUCUUCCGCAACGUCUACCGCGAGAUCGUCCCUGAGCGCCUCGAAUCCUACCUCGUCGACAAGUUCAAUUCCUUCUUCUACUCCCCCAAGCCCUCGCCGGAGCGCGACACCUUCAUAAUCGACGACGACUGGGACGACCUCGACCGAAACGACCUCCUGUUCGCCGCCAGGGCCUACCUCUCCACCAAAAUCGGGCCCAAGAACAAGCGGAUCCGCGUCGGCAAAUUCCCCCACCAGAAGAAGGUCUCCAUCGCCCUCGCCGAGGGCGAAACCGUGCUCGACGAAUUCGACGGGAUCGAGAUUAUCUGGAAGCUGGCCCCCGACGAGGAGGAAGGGGAAGACGACAACAACAACUGCGACGGGAUGAAUUACUUCGAGAUCCACUUCGAGAAGCGGCACAGGGAGAAGGUUCUGGAAGGCUAUUUGGGCCACAUCCUGGAUCUCUACGACAAACUCUCCCACAAGGAGAAGUCUCUGAAGCUCUACACGAGGCCCAAUACCUCCUGGCGGCCCAUGGACCUGAGGCACCCCACCACUUUCGACACGGUGGCCAUGGAUCUGGAGAUGAAGCAGAGGAUCAUGGACGAUCUCGACCGGUUCGUCGCGAGGAAGGAGUUCUACAAGAGGGUCGGCAAGGCGUGGAAGAGAGGCUAUCUGCUCUACGGCCCGCCUGGCACGGGCAAGUCCAGCUUGGUCGCCGCCAUGGCCAAUUACUUGAAUUUCGACAUCUAUGUUUUGGAGCUCUGUGAAAUCUCUAGCGAUUACGAUCUCAGGAUGGCCCUGAUGGGCAUCGAUAACAAGUCGAUUACCGUUGUCGAAGACAUCGAUUGUAAUUCCGAAGUCCGUAGCCGCUCCAAGGACAAGGACAACUCCAGCGACGAUGAUGACGACGACCGUCGCAGUCCAAGGUUCACGUUGUCGACGCUGCUGAACUGCAUCGACGGGCUGUGGUCGAGCCGGGCGGAGGAGAGGAUAGUGGUGUUCACGACGAACCACAAGGAGGUUCUGGAUCCGGCGUUGCUGCGGCCGGGGAGGAUGGACAUGCAGAUCCACCUGUCGUUCUGCAAGCCCCAGGCGUUCAGGACGCUGGCGAGCAAUUACCUUGGCGUGAAGGGCGAGCAUCCCUUGUAUCCGGAGAUCGACGAGCUGCUGGAGGGUCUGGAGGUCACGCCGGCGGCAGUGGCAGAGGAGUUGAUGCGGGAUGAAGAUGGUGACGUUGUUCUGAAGCAGGUGGUUGAGUUUCUGAGGGCCAAGAAGGCGGAGAAAGAGACGAGAAAAGAGGAUAAUAAAAGUGAUGGUGGCGAUGGUGAUGGUAGUGCUAGUAGUGAUGUCUCUAAUUGAUUGAUUUAUACAGGCCGCCAUAGUAGCUUACAGCUUUGUUUGCCAAUUCAAUCGUUAUUUUGUUUUUAUUUCUUCAGAGGAUCUAGAUGCUUUAGUAAUGUCACGUGUUGGGACUUGGGAAUAAAAACUUUGAGCCAAUAGAAGGUUCUCGUUCUCGUGUUGUAGCUUCAACCUCUGCUUCCAUCGGGUUUUCUCAGGCAGUAGAUCUUGCUUCCAUCUAGUGUUUCCUUUCACUGCCGACCAGAAGAUACAGCUCUGGCAGAUGUAGUGAUGGGCAAUUCGUGUAUUAGGUGGAUUUAGACUAACUCCAACCCAAGGAUGCAAAUUUGGAGAAAUGUAUGUUUUCCCACUUUUUCCUCUUCAACCCACAUAAAAAUUGGCUUGCAAAUUUGGAGAAGUGGGCUUGGGAGUGGAUAGAUGGCAGCUGAAAUGGAGAAAUGCAAGGAGGAGGUGGGGAUCAUGGGGCAGCCAAAGCCCACAUAUAGGGGCACGUGGGGCCCUCCACUUUUCCAUUCCCGUCUCUUUUUUUGUUUUUUGUUUUUACUUUCUUAAUUUUUUAUUGGUUGGUUAUGCAUUGGGAAGGCAAAUUUAGAAGGUUUAGGGUUGGAGCAAAAAAGUGUUUUUGGGAGGUAAAAAUGCACAUUUGAGAGU